AAAAAGGAGCCGCGGACGCUAGACGUCACCGUUUAUAUCAAAACAACCUUUUUGGUCUGAGAGAGAGGUGCAGCCAACGGAGUUUUUAAGCACAGCACAGCUCAGAUACAAUGGCCAACAUAAUCUUUGCAGAGCGGGAAAAUGCAUGUCUUCAUGCACCAACACUCAAGAUGCGACAGCGACUUCAGUCUGCACCAGAGAAACUCUUGAAAUCUCCAAUGACUGCCAAAACCUUAAAGACUCCUCUGCCAUCUGGUCGUAAGGCUUUGGGGACAGUCAACAAAAAAAUCUCAACCCCUGCCAUCAAUGUACAAGAGAAGAAACUCGUAAAGCCACAGGAAACCAAAGUCAAACAUGCUGCUCAGAACAAAGUGGAGGAAUAUCCAGAAAUUGAGAAGUUCAUUCCUUAUGACCCACUAGAGUUUGAGAAGUACAGCAUACCUGAAGAUUUGAUUCCUCUCAGUGGCUUUGCUCUGCCUGGACUGGCUUGUUUCCCACAGGCUCCCCCUCCUUGUGAGGAGGACCUGGAAAUGUUUAAGCCGCUCCCAAACAUGUCACCUGUAAAGAUGCCAAGAAAUUCAGGUUACUGCUCGGAGCUGGAUGCCUUUCUUCAAACACUCGACGAGCUGACCGUUGAACUUCCUCCAGAAUCUAUUACUGACUGAAAAUGAAAGAAUGUUGUUUUUUUUUUGUUUGUUUUUGUUUUUUUACUGAAAUAAAGUGUCUUUUAAUUACCCUU